UAGAAAUACCAAUCGAAAAUUCUCACAAUCUUAGUAAUAACUCUCCUAUGUUGAAAAAAUUAAUCAAUGAAUUAACUACUGCUUCUACUCAGCAAAUUUCCUCAGAAAAUACUAUCACUUUGAAGUUUGUUACUCUCGAAAUGAAUAAAGUUUCAGAAAAGAUCAACAGUGCUGAAUAUAAUAAUCAAAAAACUAAUCAAGAUAUAAUUCGCUGCUAUCAUAACUUUGGGAAAGGAUAUGAUUUAUG